UCCGCCGGAGUUUCUCCACCAGCAACAUGGCCGCCGCCUGAGAGGAGAGCCGGGCCGCCGCCGCCUCUGCAGCCCGCGGGUAACUGGGCGGUUGCCGCCGUCCGCGCUCGGCCCCCGCGGAGAGUUGAGGAAACUGAAGCACUGAGAAGCCUUCAUGGAGCUUACAUUCUAUUGCAGAAGACAACACCUGAGCAAAUAGACCAGGUAGUUCCAGAUUAAGAUCGAGCUCAAGGACCGCGCGGCUGGCUCUCCUCUAGUAUGGCCAAUGAAGAGGAUGACCCAGUCGUACAGGAGAUCGACGUGUACUUGGCCAAGAGUCUGGCGGAAAAGCUGUAUCUAUUUCAGUACCCUGUGCGUCCAGCCUCGAUGACCUACGAUGACAUUCCGCACCUCUCAGCCAAGAUCAAGCCCAAGCAGCAGAAGGUAGAGCUUGAGAUGGCCAUCGACACCCUGAACCCCAACUACUGCCGCAGCAAAGGAGAGCAGAUCGCGCUGAACGUGGACGGGGCCUGCGCCGACGAGACCAGCACGUAUUCCUCGAAGCUGAUGGACAAACAGACCUUCUGCUCUUCCCAGACCACCAGUAACACAUCCCGUUAUGCCGCUGCACUCUACAGGCAAGGUGAGCUCCACCUGACACCUUUACAUGGCAUCCUGCAGCUGCGGCCCAGCUUCUCCUACCUGGAUAAGGCUGACGCCAAGCACCGGGAGAGGGAGGCAGCCAACGAGGCAGGGGACUCUUCACAGGAUGAGGCGGAAGACGAUGUUAAGCAGAUCACGGUGCGGUUCUCCCGGCCCGAGUCAGAGCAGGCCCGCCAGCGCCGUGUGCAGUCCUACGAGUUCCUGCAGAAGAAGCAUGCGGAGGAGCCCUGGGUCCAUCUGCAUUACUAUGGCCUGAGGGACAGUCGCUCUGAGCAUGAGCGCCAGUACCUGCUGUGCCCCGGCUCGAGCGGAGUGGAGAACACGGAGCUCGUCAAGUCACCCAGUGAGUACCUGAUGAUGCUGAUGCCGCCCAGCCAGGAGGAGGAGAAAGACAAGCCUGUGGCCCCCAGCAACGUCCUGUCCAUGGCCCAGCUGCGCACGCUGCCCCUGGCUGAUCAGAUCAAGAUCCUGAUGAAGAAUGUGAAGGUCAUGCCUUUUGCCAACUUGAUGAGCCUCCUGGGCCCCUCCAUUGAUUCCGUGGCUGUUCUGCGGGGCAUCCAGAAGGUGGCGAUGUUGGUCCAAGGGAACUGGGUGGUGAAGAGUGACAUCCUAUACCCCAAGGACUCGUCCAGCCCUCACAGCGGUGUGCCUGCCGAGGUGCUCUGCCGGGGCCGAGACUUCGUUAUGUGGAAGUUCACGCAGAGCCGCUGGGUGGUUAGGAAAGAGGUGGCAACGGUGACCAAACUCUGCGCGGAGGACGUGAAGGACUUCCUGGAGCACAUGGCUGUGGUGAGGAUCAACAAAGGCUGGGAGUUCAUUCUGCCUUACGACGGGGAGUUCAUCAAGAAGCACCCAGAUGUGGUCCAGCGGCAGCACAUGCUGUGGACGGGUAUCCAGGCCAAACUGGAAAAAGUCUAUAAUCUUGUAAAGGAAACCAUGCCAAAGAAGCCGGAUGCACAGUCAGGGCCUGCUGGGCUGGUCUCUGGGGACCAGCGGAUCCAAGUAGCCAAAACCAAGGCCCAGCAGAACCACGCGUUGCUGGAGCGGGAGCUGCAGCGGCGGAAGGAGCAGCUGCGGGCGCCUGCGGUCCCGCCCGGUGUGCGGAUCAAGGAGGAGCCGGUGAGCGAGGAGGGCGAGGAGGACGAGGAGCAGGAGGCGGAGGAGGAGGAGCCCAUGGACACUUCCCCCAGCGGCCUCCACAGCAAGCUGGCCAACGGGCUGCCUCCCGGGCGGGCUGCAGGCACGGACAGCUUCAAUGGGCACCCGCCCCCGGGCUGCGCCAGCACCCCUGUGGCUCGGGAACUGAGGGCCUUCGUGGAGGCCACCUUUCAGAGACAGUUUGUGCUCACGCUGAGCGAACUCAAGCGCCUCUUCAACCUGCACUUGGCCAGCCUGCCCCCCGGCCACACACUCUUCAGCGGCAUCUCGGACCGCAUGCUGCAGGACACGGUGCUGGCCGCUGGUUGCAAGCAGAUACUGGUGCCUUUUCCCCCACAGACUGCUGCUUCCCCGGAUGAGCAGAAGGUGUUUGCCCUCUGGGAGUCUGGAGACAUGAGUGAUCAGCAUCGACAGGUUUUGCUUGAAAUUUUUUCCAAAAAUUACCGGGUUCGCCGAAACAUGAUCCAGUCUCGGUUGACUCAAGAGUGUGGAGAAGAUCUCAGUAAACAGGAGGUGGAUAAAGUACUAAAGGACUGCUGUGUAAGCUAUGGUGGCAUGUGGUACCUUAAAGGGACAGUACAAUCUUGACAAUAGUAGCAAACCACUAACCCAGCAAAUCUAAGCCCAAGGAAGAAGGGCGGAACCAGAAGUAGAGCCUCGACUUGCUUCAGACGACACAGAGCAAGAGGAACUGACCAUCUCAUGGCCUGUGGCAUUGCAUGGUGCAGUGGACAGAAGGGAUUAUCCUCAGCCAGUAGCAGGGUCAGCUUAAGUUAGAUCACUCCCAGAAGAGACCAGCUGGGACCUUCUUUGCAGUACUAUUUGAAAUUCCUGAUGUAUUUUGCUUAUUAUUUGGUUUCAUUCUCAUAAUAAAGAGAGUGUAUACUGACAUGGGCAGGAUGAUAAAAAUCAUGGUUUAAUAUUUUCUUUUGUAAACUUAAUGCCAACAAGGUCUAAGUUAUGUUUACAACAUGAAGAAAACCUCAAAGUUUUUAAUUUUUAAAAUGCCUAGAAGACAAUAUUUAGUCUUGAAUUAUCUAUCUGCUAAGACCUCCACCAAUUUCAUUAAACCAAAUUGAAUUAUUCUACUCUUGGGAUUCUGUGGCCACUUUACCUUUGACAACAACCUACUUUAUGUAGCAGUCUCAACUGUUUACAUGAACCAUAGCAAAAAAAUCAGAAUCAAAUCCAUCUCCUUUUAAUGUUUGCACAAAGAUGCAAACAAAACCAGGUAAGUAUGGAACAAUGUGUAAGUGAGGUUAUCACACUUUGAUGUAAAAAUUUCUAUUUUGUGUAUUUUUAAAAUAAACGCUAACACUAAACUAGCAUCAUGGUGCUAUCUUCAAAUGAUUACAGAAAGGCGAUCUUGUUGGGCUCAGCAUUACAUGUAUCUAGAGGGAACAGAGCUAAUGGAGGGAAACAGAGCAGCACUGUCUACUAGAAAGAGGUGAGUCAUGUACGUAAUUUUGAAAGUUUAUAGCAGCCACAUUAAAAUAGUUUAAAAAGGUCAUUUUAGCAUAUUAUUUAGCCCAAAAUAUCUAAAACAUCAACAUAUAAUAAAAAUAUUAAUAUUUUACCUUUUUUUGUACCAAGUCUUCAAAAUCUGGCAUUUUACACUUUCCUCAACACUCUCAAUUUGGACUAGCCACAUCGUAAGUGCUCAGAUGCCACAUGGGGCUAUUUGCGACAGUAUUGGACAGCACAGCCCUAGAAAUGGAUGGAAAAAAUAAGAGUAAGCUAGGUUGGGUGAGAUGUGAAUUUUGGUAUAUAGUUAAGGCUUUUGCCAUCUUUUUUGUACAACACAGCCACUAAUUGUCUGAAGGUUUAAAUGACGGUCUAUGCUAUUUCCGCACCCCCCCAAAAUAAAACAUCUAAUAUUUUAGCUAUAGAAUCACUAAGGCAUUGAUCAAGGAUGUACUUUGCCAAAUAAGUAUUUGGUAACAUUGCUUAACAGGUUGAUCGUAUAUUGAUUCUAACUAUUAACAUACAUGAACCUGAAAAGUAAAGUUACCAAAAG